AUGGCAAGAAUUUCUUCCCUCCGAAUUUCCUCCAGCGCUCUACUUCUACAAAAGGGGUGUUGGCAACCCCGAAUUUUCACCGAAUCUGACCCAGGUUACUGCGACGGAGUCAGUGAACACUUCAGCACUGAAGAUCUGAACAGGGACUUGGAAUUUCGCCACGAUCUUCUUGACAAUAUCCACGUUCAGACACCUCUCUUAUUUGUGAGCCAUGAGGCUCGAAGUAUCAGCCUCAUUUGGGCACGCAGUCAUGGUAUCGAAAUAUGCGGAGAUCCACUUUUCCCACGCUUAUCUCUUCCUUUCAACCCCGUUAGGGAUAUACUUUAUUUACCUGCUACUGAGGGGUACAACUUUUUCAUGGAACCUCAUAAUCGAUCUUCUGAGGAAGACAUAAUUAAUCUAACUCCUGGAAUAUUCAAUGAAGUUAAGCGUUUAGCUGUGACAAAAUCGGGACUUGAAGCUUACUCCGUCAUGGCAACAUCCAACGGAUUCUCUGAUCAUUAUAGAAUCGAAGCACUGUAUAUUAUUAUCAAAAAGCCACGGAGCUUACUUCCUGUUGAUGAUGAUUUGCAUGUGCAGUCGCGAUGGGAGUGUGCGAGCUUAACAUCACGUGCUUUUAUUUUAGACAGCAAUAGGUCGGUCUUUGAACUGAAAGGGAACGGAGAUAAUAAGGAUGAACAGAGACACCUUUUGACUCAGGAAAUUAGUCGACAUUUGACACCUGAAUUUAUCACCAACUCGCCUUCAAUUCGUGAGAUUCGACCUGUUUCGGCUGUCAAAGGUUAA